AUGCCUAUUCAAAAGGUUAAAGCACGUCAAAUUUUUAACUCUAGAGGUGAUCCAACUUUAGAAGUAGAUGUAAUUACAGACGUUGGAUUAUUAAGAUCUUCGGUGCCAUCAGUACUAGUACCAAAUCCUAAUCAAGCGCAAGAAUUAAGAGAUGGAAAUGAAGCCAUGUAUCAUGGACGUUCAGUAUUCAGAGCCGUUGAUGUAGUCAAUAAUAUAAUCGCACCACAACUUUUGAAAUCGAAAUUGGAAGCUUGUCAACAAACAGAAAUAGAUAGCUUGUUAAAUCGUUUAGAUGGUACUGAGAAUAAAUCAAAAUUAGGUGCGAAUGCAAUUCUUGGUGUUUCUAUAGCUUGUUGUAAAGCUGGUGCUGCGAAGAAAGGACUUCCAGUUUAUAGAUAUAUUGCAGAAUUGGCUGAAAAUGGAGAUCUUUAUGUACCCGUUCCUAGUUUUAAUAUGAUUAGUGGAGGUAGACAUGCUAAUAAUACAUUACCAUGUCAAGAAUUUAUGAUUAUACCUAUAGGAGCAGAAAGUUUCGCUGAUGCUAUGAAAAUGGGUAUGGAAGUGUAUAGAGUACUCGAACAAAAGAUUGCGACUGCUCAAGAAAUUCAAUUACCUCUUCCAGUCAGUGAUGAAGGUGCAUUUACACCUCUAGAAAUUGAGGAAGAUAGAGAGGCUUUACUAUUGUUAGAUGAAUCUAUUAAAGAUGCAGGUUACGAGGGAAGAAUUAAAAUUUCGUUGGAUAUGGCAGCCAGUGCUUUUUAUAAAGAAGGAGGAUACGAUUUAGCAUUUAAAACAGAAGAGUCUGACCCUGAUGAAUAUAUGGAGGCAGAAGCAUUAAAAGAUCAUUACUUAGAAUAUUUUACAGAAUUUCCAUCUGUAGUCUCAAUUGAAGAUCCAUUCGAUCAAGAAGACUGGGAAGGUUGGCUUACUUUAGCUGAUCAAGAUAUGCAAAUCGUUGCUGACGAUUUAACUGCAAUGAAUAUCGACAGAAUUGAAGAAGCAAUUGAAAGACAAAUGGCUAAUUCUCUCAUAUUGAGAUUAUCACAAAUUGGAACUGUGACUGAGACAAUCAAUUGCGCAAAAAUAGCUAGGAUCAGUAACUGGGGAUAUAUCGUGACAGCUUGUGAAGGAGAAACAGAAGAUAAUUUUGUAGCUGAUUUAGCUGUAGGAUUAUCUGCUGGGCAAUUUAAAGCUGGAGCACCUUGUAGAAGUGAAAGAACAGCCAAAUAUAAUCAAAUAUUAAGGAUUGAAGAGGAACUUGGAAAAGAUGCGAAAUAUGCUGGUCUCAAUUUCAGAAAUCCUUUAGCUAAAUAAUUUUUUAUUGAUUUUUAUUCAUCUGAAUUUAAAGUUAAA